GGAACGAUCCUCCCAUUUUUUUUUUGGCUACUAGAGCGACACUUUUUUUUAGCCAAUCAGCAUACGAGGCAAAUGACGGCCGCCCAAUCAUACUUGAGUGUCGAUCUUAAGUGGGCGUUUCAUCGAGAAGGGAAACACAAGACUAACACAAGUUUGAUCUUCAAAAGGGAUUUUAUAUGCGUUCACUCAAAAGUUCUUUAGUGCUGAUUAUAGCGCAACAGAUGUGCGCUAAAAUUGGCCAGGUUUAAAGUAGUUGGGAGUUGUUUUUUUUAAUAUGUCGAUCCAGUACGAUGCACCGCUGGCGGACAGCUACGGGGUGGCGGACUCGUUUCCCAAAGAUUUCGGCUACGGAGAAGAGGAGGGCGACAUUGAGGACAGCCCGACACCCUCCGAUAGCAAACCGAGAAUGCUGCUCAUGGGGUUGCGGAGGAGCGGAAAGUCGUCUAUCCAGAAGGUGGUGUUUCAUAAGAUGUCCCCCAAUGAGACCCUCUUUCUGGAAAGCACCAACAAGAUCUAUAAAGAUGACAUCUCCAGCAGCUCCUUUGUCAACUUCCAGAUCUGGGACUUCCCUGGACAAGUGGACUUUUUCGAUCCCACCUUUGACUAUGAGAUGAUUUUUAGAGGAACCGGGGCCUUGAUAUUUGUCAUCGACGCACAGGAUGACUAUGUAGAGGCCCUCAGUCGACUCCACCUAACAGUGUCACGUGCCUACAGGGUCAACCCUGAGAUUAAUUUCGAAGUGUUCAUUCAUAAAGUGGACGGUCUGUCUGACGACCACAAGAUUGAGACCCAAAGAGAUAUACACCAGAGAGCUAAUGAUGACCUGGCCGAUGCCAGUUUAGAGAAAUUACAUCUCAGUUUCUAUUUGACUAGUAUCUAUGAUCACUCCAUCUUCGAGGCCUUCAGUAAAGUGGUGCAGAAGCUCAUCCCUCAGCUUCCUACGCUGGAGAACCUUCUCAACAUCUUUAUAUCUAAUUCAGGUAUUGAGAAGGCCUUCCUGUUUGAUGUUGUCAGUAAGAUUUACAUCGCCACCGACAGCUCACCAGUGGACAUGCAGUCCUAUGAGCUCUGCUGUGACAUGAUCGAUGUGGUCAUCGACGUCUCCUGUAUUUAUGGAUUAAAGGAGGAUGGCAGCAGCAGUGCAUAUGAUAAGGAGUCUAUGGCUAUCAUCAAACUCAACAACACCACAGUGCUCUACCUGAAAGAGGUCACCAAGUUCCUCGCCCUGGUCUGCAUCCUGAGAGAAGAGAGCUUUGAGCGCAAAGGACUAAUAGACUACAAUUUCCACUGUUUCCGGAAAGCCAUUCAUGAGGUGUUUGAGGUGGGCGUGUCCACCCCAAGGACAAGCAUCCGGCCAACUGGCACCGCUCUUAUGAAGACUGUUGCCUUAAAUGGCACCCCCAGGAGCACUGUGUAGAACGAUGGAGACAAAGAAAAUGAUGAAGAAUUGAGUCGAUGGAAAAGGUAAAAAAAAAGAGGGACUACAGGAUGAGAUGGCUUUCUGAGGAUGCCAACCAUCAUUUCUGCUCACAAAAUCUUUAUAAGCAAAGCAAAAGACUUGAAAGUUACUGAAAUACACUUGAUGCUCAAAUGUAACAUGCAUAAGCUUGCAAAGCUGCAGCAGGAUGGAAGGGAAGAGGCACAAAAUAAGGUGGAACAUUUUUUGUGACUUAAAGGCAUUAACAAACUGUUCCUCAAGAUGAAAAUAAAAGACAGCAAACAAGCAACAAAGUGCAAGUCACUGAGAAAAAAAAAAGCACAGCAAGAAACCCAUCUGGCUAGUACUGCUUGGCAGAAUCUGGAUGAAUGCUCUAUGAUAUACUGCUGGUCACUUUAACACAGUAGCCAACUUUAAAAUGCAUGGUUUACUCAAGUGAAUGUGGAAUAAUUUGUGGUGCACCCAUUUGAAGACAGCUUUGGUUGAGUGUACACCAACACUUCUGAAGCCUUAUGCAGUAGAGGCCUGCCUGAUUCAAACCCCUACUCCACACAUGCACACUCAGUCACCAAACUGCCCCUGUAUUGUGUUUGAAAGGUUAACUAAAGGGAUUGAAAUGUGGAUUUAGGUAUGUCUUUUGGUUGUUGUAGUGGAGACUGUGUAUGCGUGCAUGCAUGUAGAUGUAUAUGUGUUUGAAUAUAAGCAUUGGAGAGAAUGGGUGAGUGUGGUUGUACUUGCAUGCACAGGUGCGUGAAAGGGACCUAGAUGUUGUAAUGUCACACAAGAAGAAAGUGCUUAUGUCUCUGAAGACAAAGAAAGAGUUGUACCAUUCCAUUCGACCUCUGGGACACUGUGAUUGCACUUACCUCCGAGGAUGUCAGGGAUGCUAACUAAUGAAAUUUAAACUACUAUGCUGUUCAGUACUGUUGCUCUCCAGUUCAGUUAUAUGGCAUGUAGCUCAUGCAAUCUGAGGACUUUGUAGGGUGAAGUUCAAUUACUUACAUUCCGGUUCUGUGGUGCCAAUACAGUUUUGCUCCGAUUAAAACUCUCUAAUCUUUUGCUUUUACUCCUCAAAUCACCAAUCAGCUUGUUGUUUUGAAUUUGAGAAAUUGUGCUGUAAAAUAAAGAUAAAGGAUAGCGGAUGUGACGGGACAAUGUAUCCGUUAGAUCCAUUCCAAGCAUGUCUAUAGAGAUGCUUUAUAUUGUCUGCAAACAGCUGAACCUUUCUAAUUUUCUGGAUAGUGGAUAAAAGCAUUACCUAAAUGAGAUGGCAAGUGAGAGAACUCAAACGUAUGUGUCAUUUAAUGAUUAUCAGAAGACAUCUUUGUUUGUUGCUUGAUCUUCAAGCUUUCUUGUGAGUCUUGCUUCCCAGACUACAUAUAGUACAAAGAGUAUGAAUGUCUUUGCCAAAGGUGGCACCCUUCACAAAUAAUAAACAUAUACACACA